AUGGAGAACCCCAGAGACCUGGUGGAGCGUCCGUCCAGGAAGCGGCGGGACUCCUUCGGGAUGCUGGACGGCCUGGACGAGGACCGCAGCAGCUGCAGCACUGAGUCCAGCGGCGGCAGUGGAGCGUCCAGCCCCGAAGACAGCGAGGACGAAGACUUAGGAGGAGUGACACAACUCACUCCGUCCUCCUCGUCCUCCCUGACGCUCAUCAAGACCAACGGACAAGUGUACACCUAUCCUGACGGCAAGGCCGGCAUGGCCACCUGUGAGAUGUGUGGGAUGGUCGGCGUCAGAGAUGCUUUCUACAGUAAAACCAAACGUUUCUGCAGCGUCUCCUGCUCCAGAAGUUACUCCUCCAACUCCAAGAAGGCCAGUAUCCUGGCCAGGCUGCAGGGGAAGCCGCCCACCAAGAAGGCCAAGGUUCUCCAGAAGCAGCCUCUGAUGACCAAACUGGCCGCCUACGCUCAGCAUCAAGCCAGCCAGCAGGGUGGCGUCAAGAAGAGCGUAGCUGUGGAGAUGUUUGACUGGGGCCGUUACCUUGGAGAUGGAGAUGUGACGGGAGCGCCGGUCAGCUGCUUCAAACAUGUGCCGAUGGGGAAGUCGUGGGGCGUCAGCGAAGGAGUUCGAGUCGAGGUACCGAACACCGACAGCGGUCUGCCGAUGAAGGUUUACUGGAUCGCUGGAAUCAUCAAACUGGCUGGUUUUAAGGCGCUGCUGCGCUACGAGGGCUUCGACGGCGACUCCACCAGAGAUUUCUGGUUGAACCUGUGUGUUCCAGACAUCCACCCAGUGGGAUGGUGUGCAACUGGUGGGAAACCUCUGGUUCCUCCUCAAUCUAUCCUUCACAGAUUCACCAACUGGAAAACUUUCCUGAUUAAAAGACUGACGGGAUCCAAAACUUUGCCGCCAGACUUUUCCUCAAAGGUGCAGGACAGCAUGCAGUUCCCCUUCAAGAAGCAGAUGAGGGUGGAGGUGGUGGACAAGACUCACCUGUGUCGGACCAGAGUGGCUCUGGUUGAACAGGUGAUUGGCGGUCGUCUGCGGCUCGUGUACGAGGAGUGCGAUGACGGGACGGACGACUUCUGGUGUCACAUGUACAGUCCUCUGAUUCACAGCAUCGGCUGGUCGCGCUCCAUCGGACACCGAUUCAAACGCUCCGAUGUGGCAAAGAAGCUGGGCGGUCAGAUGGAUGCACCUGGACAGCUGUUCGCUAAGGUGAAGGAGGUGGAUCAAAGCGGCUCCUGGUUUGAAGACGGGAUGAAGCUGGAAGCCAUCGAUCCGCUGAACCUGUCGGCCAUCUGCGUGGCCACAGUCAGGAAGGUGCUGGCAGACGGAUAUCUGAUGAUCGGCAUCGACGGCUCGGAGGCGGCCGACGGUUCAGACUGGUUCUGCUACCACUCCACCUCCCCCUCCAUCUUCCCCGCCGGCUUCUGUGAGAUCAAUAACAUUGAGCUGACGCCCCCUAGAGGUUACACCAACCUUCCCUUCAGGUGGUUCGAGUAUCUGAGGGAGACCAAGUCUGUGGCAGCUCCGGUGAACCUCUUCAACAAGGACGUCCCGAAUCACGGUUUCCGUCCCGGCAUGAAGCUGGAGGCCGUCGACCUCAUGGAGCCCCGCCUCGUCUGCGUCGCCACGGUGACCCGCAUCGUCCACCGGUUGCUACGGAUACACUUUGACGGCUGGGAGGACGAGUACGACCAGUGGGUGGACUGUGAGUCACCUGACUUGUACCCGGUGGGCUGGUGUCAGCUGACUGGAUACCAGCUGCAGCCUCCCGCUGUGAACGCAGGCUCCAGAGAUCUGCAGUCAGCAGCAAACAAACAGAGGAAGAAGUCUCAGCAGUACAAAGGACAGAAGAAAAAGAGGAAGUUGCCCAUCGCUAAGCGACCCGUCAGCCUAUCGGGCGCCGUGGUAACCGGCGUUCCCAGGAGCCUAUCAGGAGACGAGAAUGAGACUCCGCCCGACUACCCAUCACCCCCUCCUCCGGCCUCAGCAGCCCAACCCACCGCCGCCGACCCAGAGGGCAGAACCGAGGGCGGAGCAGGUUCUCAGGUGAAGGAGGAGAACGUUGGGUGUCCGGAGCCUCAGAGGACGGAAACAGAAACCAACGGAUCGUCUGCUCAGUUCCAGUAGGCCUCCGUCCAUUCUGUCUGUCUACUGUGAUACAAACACUGAUCGUCCUGUUUCUCUGACGUUUCAUUUCCUGACAGCAAAAAAAAAACUCCUUCAGAAAAAACAUCUCUGAUACAACAAAGAGAAGCUGAAGAAGCAAAUUUACUCAUUUUCUGGGAUCAACAGGAAAAAAAAAACUUUAGUUUUUCAAUGCUAAGAUCUCGAUCUGUGUUCGUGUUCGAGGGUCAGAACUGCAGCAAAGUGAAACUGUGACGUCACGGUGAGAUUCAUUAAAAAACACUGUGUGUUUGUGUUCAAGUGUGAGUGAUGACGAAGCAUCAGGACGCCACGGAAAGAAAAACCAGCAACAGGAGCCACAGCAGCUCGAUUUUCACUUUCAGCUGCAGCUCAGAGACUUGAGGUGUGAAGCUGAAAUUCAAGUCAAAAAUGACAAAAAGUCUUUCCCAUGUGACUCAAAACUGAUCGAAAAAGACUCAAAAAGUGGUCCAAAGUGACACAAAAAUUGUCUAAAAUCGCAAAUAUUUGUUCCAAAAUGACUCAAAACUUGUCCAAAAUGGAAAACCAUCUUCCAGAAUGACCCAAAAUAAUUUUCAAAAAGUCUGACAGUUAUCUGAAAUUAGGGAGACUUGUCCAAGAUGGCUUAAGAAUUGUCUAAAAUGGCAACAAUUUUGUCCAGAAUGACUCAAAAGUUGUCCAACGUGAGUAAAGAAUUGUGCAAAAUGAAUGAAAAAGGUCUCAAAAAAACGUCCCACAUGCCUGGAAACUUGUGAAAGAUGCAUGAAACUUGUGUGAAUGUAUUUGGAUGACAAAGCGUCAGGACGCCACGGAGAGAAAAACCAGCCAAUCGGAGCCACGGCAGCUCGUCUUUCACUUCCUGGUUUCACAUCUCAGAGACUCAACAGAUUCAUACGUUCAGACAAUCGAACAGUCGGUUCGAGUUCAGCAGAGAGUUUGAUGGAAAGUUUAAAAUCACGCAAACGUGAGUGAAGUUUGGUUGAAGGUGUUUUAUCCGAAAAUAUUUAUGAAUCACGAAAAGGCUCAUUCUGCUUGAUUUCUACUCGCUGUGAGAAGACAAAAACAAAAACGCAGAUUUUUACAUGAGUCGUUUAAAAGAUGGUCGCAGGUCAUUUAACUUUGAUGACUGAUCGUCUAAAAUGGUCCAGAAUGACUGAAAAGUUGUCAAAAAGAAAAGAAUGACGAUUUCAAACUUGCGCAUAAUUAGUGAAAAAUGUCCAAAAUUAGACUAAACUUGACAAAGAAGAAAUCUAAUUGUUUAAUUGUUCGUGCAAAACCUGUCUAAAAAUGUUUACAUAAUAUACAUUUGGCCAAAAUUACCAAAAAUGAUCCAAAAUAGCUUGUUGGAAAACUGUCCGUACCAUGACGCAAAACUUUCCAAAGAGUAACGGAAAUUUCCAAAAUGAGUCGAAAUCUGCCCAAAAUCACAAAUAUGUAUAAAAGGUUUUCCAAAAUUGCUCAAAACAUGUCAAAAAUGACAAAUGGAUCAUUUAGAACGUCGUCUGAAAUAAGUAGAAAUUGUCCAGAAUGACACAAAACUUGUCAAAUUACUCUAAACUUGAAACGCAGCAGCCAGAAAUAAAGCGGAAUGAUCCUUUAAAGCAGAUUCAGUGUCGUUCGUUAAGAGUUUAUUGAAGGAAAAAAAAGAACAUUAGUGGUUCAGCAGCUCCAAGAAUCAU